AUGGCUAUGACUGUUCACUACGAUGGCAAGCCAGGCGAGGCAACCCUUGCAGAUUUGGUCUUUGUCCACGGGCUAAGAGGCGAUCCGAUCGAGACCUGGUCGAAAGGAUCUGUUUGCUGGCCUCGCGACCUGCUGAAGGAAGACAUCGAUCGUGUGCGCAUCAUGUCUUGGGCGUACGACUCCGGGGUCGCACAUUUUCUCAAAUCGGCCAGUCAAGUUUCCAUUUUCGGCCACGGGGAAAGCCUGCUGUCCGAUCUGGCGGAGCAGAGGCUUUCCCCACAGCAGGCACUCAUUCGAUCUGCUCAGCUAUACAAUCACAAAGAGAGCCUCGAACUUGGCAGGAUCUAUCAAUACACGAGGGGUGUGGUGUUCAUGGCAACUCCGCAUCGGGGCAGCGGCAAGACGCCAUACGUCGACAUUGUUGUUAACGCCGCGCGGGUGACUUUGAGGAAUCCGAACAAAGAGCUGCUCAACUCACUGCGAGAAAAUGCCGCGCCACUCAACCAAGAGCGCAAGACAUUCACCACAAUCCGGGAUCAGGUCCCUAUCGUUUGUCUGUACGAAGAGAGCGCAACCACGCUUGGCAUAGUGAGUGCGGAUGCGAAGAAGCGGCAGACUCUCGUUGAUUUGGUUCACAGAUUGUCCGCCAAGACUCGGCUUGCUUCGAUGGAGUUGGGAUUAGAGGGGAAUCGUUGCCGGGAGAUCAUAGUGGAAUGUGCAAGUUUUUCAGCCGAGAAGAUGUGGGCUACAAGCGUACCAUGGGCCACAUCCGGAGGCUUGUCGGGACCUGCCACGCUGGGCACGGUCCGCUUCGGCACCCAGACACAGAGAGAUCUGUGGUCCAAGCAUCAAGUGUAG